AUGUCCAGUUGGGCUUGGUUAUUUUGGUUGCUAAUCCAUUGCUGGUGUGUGAUUCUACAAACACAAGGAAAACAAUGGAUUCUCGUUGAUUCACCAUCGUCGAAAGAAGAUUCGUCGGAGCGUAAAUUAGUUGGGCAUUGUCGAGAUGGGAAAAAGAACGGCGACGAGACCGAUACUGAUUGUGGUGGAUUGAAAUGUACCAAAUGUAACGAUACGAUGCGUUGUAAAAAUCAUGAUGAUUGUCUCAGUAGUUAUUGCAAAAACAAAAAAUGCUCGAUUUUGGAAACCUGUGAGGAUAACAUUAAAAAUCAGGACGAACUCGAUGUGGAUUGUGGUGGACGUGUAUGUCCAAAAUGUGAAGAUCAAAAGUAUUGUCGAGAAAAUUGCGAUUGUUUAAGUAAUACAUGUCACAAUAAUACCUGUGUUUCGGCAGAGACGUGUAAAGAUGAAAUUAAAAAUCAGGACGAGACUGAUGUCGAUUGCGGAGGCAGCAUAUGUCCGAAAUGUGAAGAUUCAAAGAAAUGCACGAGUGAUUGUGAUUGUGUUGGUAAUACUGCUUGUGUUAACAAUACAUGCGUUCCUAAAUGUACUCCGGAAUGUAAAAAUGAUGGUAUAUGCGUUGCACAUAACAUCUGCAAUUGCACAGCGGGCUUCAGCGGUCCAACCUGUGAAGUUCAAUCGAUUGGUUUAUGUCAUGAUAAUGAUACCAUGGGUACAACUCCUAUCCUCUUAGUCACAUUUGACAAAGGUGCACCACAAUUUUCCAAAACGAUUCCAGGCCAAUUCAACUUUAGUACAACAUAUAAACAACGAUUUAAACCUACAGUUGAAGAUGGACAUUUCAGUUUUAUUAAUUCAGUCUAUAAACAUUAUCAGCAUGCAUGGCAUACUGGAGCAACUGAUCAUACAGGUGAUACUGGAGGAUAUAUGCUUCUGGUUAAUGCAGAUUUUACACCAGGCGAAUUUUACAAAGGACAAGUGGAGAAUUUAUGUGUUGGCUUACGUUAUGAAUUUUCGGUUUAUUUGGCCAAUGUGCUUCGACGAACUGAUCAAAUCAAGCCAAAUGUUCGUUUUGAGGUUCGCAGUCUAUCAACUGGAAAUCGAUUGUUGGCUCAACUGCGUUCUGGACCGAUUCCUGUCGACAAAUCGUUACAAUGGAGAAAAUAUGGUUUAUCAUUCACAGCACCGAGUAGUUCAGUUGUUCUCUUGAUGAUUUCCGAUGCUCCUGGUGGUGCAGGAAACGACAUUGUUAUUGAUGAUAUUGCGCUGCGUGUCUGUUCACAUGAUGGUACUGGAUUUUGUCCUUCCACUGAACAGAAUGACGAUUGA